GCGCGGCGACGUCGGCGGCGUGAGGCUUCGCGCGUGAGCGGCGCGGGCGCCGGGCCUGAGUGCCGAGCUCCGUGGGCGGGCCGCUCAGGUCGUUGACGCGGGGCCGGGCGGAGGCGCGUCCGUCGCCGGGAGCUCGACGCCGAGGUUCUCAGACCAUGGAGGACCCGCAGCCGCUGCCACAGCCCGAGCUACCGCUGUGCGACAGCCUCAUCAUCUGGCUGCAAACAUUCAAGACUGCCUCACCUUGUCAAGAUGUCAAACAGCUUACUAAUGGAGUGACCAUGGCACAAGUUCUUCAUCAAAUUGACGUAGCUUGGUUCAAUGAUUCUUGGUUAAGCCGAAUUAAAGAUGAUGUCGGAGACAACUGGAGAAUAAAGGCUAGUAACCUAAAGAAGGUCCUCCAUGGAAUUAUAAGUUACUAUCAUGAGUUUUUGGGGCAGCAAAUUUCUGAAGAACUUAUCCCUGAUUUAAACCAAAUAAGUGAGUGUUCAGAUCCUGUGGAACUUGGGAGGUUGCUUCAGCUUAUUCUAGGCUGUGCAGUCAACUGUGAAAAGAAGCAAGAACAUAUUAAAAAUAUAAUGACCCUGGAAGAAUCUGUUCAACAUGUGGUCAUGACUGCCAUUCAGGAGUUGAUGAGUAAAGAAAUAGUGAACUCUCCUGCAAGUGACACUGUUGGAGACUUAGAGCAGCAGCUUAAAAGGACUUUAGAAGAGCUUCAGGAGGCCAUAGCAGAAAAGGAAGAGCUAAAGCAGAGGUGCCAGGAACUGGAUAUGCAGGUCACUGCACUUCAGGAUGAGAAGAAUUCACUGGUCUCUGAGAACGAGAUGAUGAAUGAAAAGCUUGACCAGUUGGAUGACUCUUUUGACGAUCCAAAUACAAUGGUUGCGAGGAAGUAUUUUCAUGCACAGCUACAACUAGAACAAUUACAAGAAGAAAACUAUAGACUUGAAGCUGCAAAAGAUGAUUACCGUGUUCACUGUGAAGAACUUGAAAAGCAGCUGAUUGAAUUUCAGCACAGGAAUGAUGAGCUGACGAGCCUUGCUGAGGAAACCAGAGCCCUGAAAGAUGAGAUAGAUGUUCUUAGGGCCACCUCAGACAAAGCAAAUAAACUGGAGUCAACAGUGGAAGUGUAUCGUCAGAAGCUACAAGAUCUAAAUGACCUCCGCAAGCAGGUGAAAUCUUUACAGGAGACAAAUAUGAUGUAUAUGCACAACACUGUGAGCUUAGAAGAGGAGCUGAAGAAGGCCAAUGCAGUGCGUGCACAGCUAGAGACCUAUAAGCGCCAGGUUCAGGACCUUCACACUAAGCUUUCCUCUGAAUCCAAAAGGGCAGAUACACUAGCAUUUGAAAUGAAGCGGCUUGAAGAAAAACAUGAAGCUUUACUCAAGGAAAAAGAGCGACUAAUAGAACAGCGAGACACUCUGAAAGAGACAAAUGAAGAGCUGCGGUGCUCACAGGCACAGCAAGAUCACCUAAGCCAAGCUGAUGUAUCUGCUACAAAAAGUUACGAAAACCUUGCUGCUGAGAUCAUGCCAGUGGAAUACAGAGAGGUGUUCAUUCGACUCCAGCAUGAAAACAAAAUGCUUCGCCUGCAGCAGGAAGGGACAGAGAAUGAACGAAUAGAGCAUUUGGAAGAGCAGCUGGAACAGAAACACCGGAAGAUGAAUGAGCUGGAAACUGAACAAAGGUUGAGCAAAGAGCGCAUUAGAGAACUACAACAGCAAAUUGAGGAUCUCCAGAAGUCGUUACAAGAACAGGGCUCCAAGCCUGAAGGUGAAAGUUCCAGCAAACUAAAGCAGAAGUUGGAAGCUCAUAUGGAAAAACUAACAGAAGUCCAUGAAGAAUUACAGAAGAAACAGGAGCUCAUUGAAGACCUUCAACCAGAUAUAAGUCAGAAUGUCCAAAAGAUCACUGAACUUGAAGCUGCUCUUCAGAAGAAAGAUGAAGACAUGAAAGCGAUGGAAGAAAGAUAUAAAAUGUACUUAGAGAAGGCCAGAAAUGUAAUAAAAACUUUAGAUCCCAAAUUAAAUCCAGCAUCAGCAGAAAUAAUGUUACUUAGGAAGCAGCUGGCGGAAAAGGAGAGAAGAAUUGAGAUACUAGAGAGUGAAUGUAAAGUAGCAAAAUUCAGGGAUUAUGAGGAAAAACUCAUUGUUUCUGCCUGGUAUAACAAGAGCCUGGCGUAUCAGAAACUGGGCAUGGAAAAUCGGCUGGUGAGUGGUGCUGGUGCUUGCAAAGACAGCGGUAUGAGUGCUCCUGCUCGGUCCUUCUUAGCACAGCAGCGGCAUAUCACCAACACCCGAAGAAGCCUCUCUGUGAAAGUUCCGGCUGCAGCAUCUGACUAGUCUGCAAAGCAAACAUGAACAGAAGUGCCUCAAACUCUUUUGUACCCCAAGAAACUGCCAGAUGGAAAAAACAAAGGUUAAAAUGCUUGUUAGCAGCUAGUUUUGUUUUGAUUUUGAGACAGGGUCUCAUGUACCCUACACUGGCAUUUAAUUUACAGUGUAUUCAGAGAUGACUUUGAGCAUAUCAACAGUCCUUCCCUCACUUUAUGCAUGCUGGGAUUAAGAGUUGUAUACUACCAUACUGGGUUUAUAUAUUGCUGUGUAUCAAAUUCAGGUGCUCUACCAACUGAGCUACAUUCUCAACCUUGGUAUCAACUAUAUUUAAAUCAAAAUAUAUCAAAAUAACAUUUCAGUUUACGCUGAAAACAAAAUACAGAAUCAGCUUUGAGUCUGAGCAGCACAUUUGAGUAGUUGGGAGUGUGGUGAAGAAAAUAUUUGUCUUGAGAUGGCAUCAUGUGUGGGAAAGCAAACACAUACUUAUGUUUUUAGUUGUAAGAGCAAGUCAGUUAAUUUGGAAAAAUUAAUCAGUAGUUUGUCAUUUAAUAAUAUAUCUAGAUUUGUUUUAUUGAAAGCAGUCUCCGAUUAGGCACGUAGAAGACUCUGCAAGAUGAAUUCUUUGAUAUGUACAAAAGCUUUCCUCUGCUCGCCAGUUCUGCCCUCUGGAGGAUGCUUUGUCAUGCUGUGGAAGCUAUGAUACUUGGAAGACUUUACUCUUGAAUUGACUUUGCCCUGUAAAAGUGACUCAUUAGAUGCUUGCAGCUUCUCUGAGUUGUAUCUCAGUUUAAAUAUGUACUGCUGUGAAUGAAGACUGUGGAGGGCUUGACUGAAUGUUAAGGUGGGAAAUAAACUGAUAUUUGUAGAGGUGCCUUUCUGUGGAAAGCAGACUAGGAUACAUUUUGAAAUAGCCACAUGCUCUAAAGGGUGACAUUAUUGUGAACUUUCCUUUCUAAGAAGUGGUAUAUCAUGUAUAAUUUGCUUUUUUAUUGAAAGAAACAUAGUGAUGAAAGAGCUUACAACCAAUUCAGUUUCUGCUUACCUCUAAGAAGUAUCUGGAGCUAUAUUUGUGGCAUUCAGUUCAUUUCUGCCCACAGUUUGUUUUUUCCUGAGGUCUUACUUUCUAAUUUGGGUCGCUUUUUAAAGUCAAAACUUUGGACUAUUAGUUGUUAAAUCAGUAUUGCUUAAUGUAGCCACAAGUGGGUCACUCUUGUGCCAGUCACAUUUUCAACACUUAUUUGCCACAUGUUUCCAUCAUUUUUGAAAUUUCUUGUGCAGUGUGUCACACUAUCUUGGUUUUUGGUAACUUGCAAAAUUUCUUUUAUCCUUAGACUACAAAAGUAAGAAGCGUUGCAUCCAUUUCAGAUCUAGAGUGGAUUCCGAUGGGAACAAGAGUGCAGCAAACUCAAAUGUUGCAGCAUUGUGUCUACCCUGAGCAUUAGCAGGCUUUCCAUGUAGGAGCCAACUUAAGGGCUACAUGCUCCUUGUUGGAUCAGCUCCUCACCUCUGCCCUCACAGCAUGAAAGAAGGGAUCUGUACUUUGUAAACACAGUGGCUGUGGUGGUGGCUGAGCUGGCAGGCUAUAGAGCUGUGGUCUGCAUUUUAUUCCUACUUCUGCGUGAAUAUGAGUAUUGUUCUAUUUGCAGUGUUAACUCGUUUAGAUAACUGCCUUUAAAUCCUUGCCCAGUAAUUUUUUAACCAUUUAAAAUACAAGAAUUACACAGUGAUUUGGGGUCUUUGAGAUUAGUAGUAUCUGCCAGGAUAUUUUGUUUUAUCAGGGUCCCUUCUGUUGACUACCUCUUAGAUUUUGAUGAUUCUUUGUGCGUUGUACACAGUUUGUUUGCAUAUUUGUAUGUUCUUACGGUGUUUGCUUGCCUGUUUCUUUUAGUAAAAUGAAACUUUGAAAAUACCUAGCAUGCUAUUUAAAAUUUUCUAAAAAUAAUGGCAUUUGGGUAUAUUUUUGUCAGUGAAGACAUUAAUGUUAGUGUUUGUAUUUACUUAUAUUGAGGUUUUACAAGUUCCCUUUCAAUGGAACUUACUGUAAAAUAUCAAUUUAUGUUUCCAGUGCAAUUGCUCACAAAUUCUUAAGUAAUUCAUAUAGCAUAAAUAAGGACAUAAGGAUAGAUUCUUGUUUAAAUUUUUUAAAAAAGCAAAUUUUCUGAUUUUUCUAGUUUUAAGUAGAAUUUUGAAUGUUUGAUACGUGUUUAUAUAAAACUAGUGUAAAAUUCUAUAUAAUAGAGAUUAAAUCACAGAAAUUCAGGCAUGAUCAUGGUAAGAUUCUUCCUUUGUGUGGUUUAUGCAGUGAGACUGGCAUCCUGCCAGGUAGAAAGCAUAACGUGUUUCAUCUGGAGCCAUAAUUUCUACAAGCAUGUUGCAAGGGAAGAUUGAACACAUAAACAUGGAAUUGACAAAAUAUUUAAGUCCCAGUGACUAUAAAGUUAGAAACGAUCUUGAAUUUCCAGUGGUUGUCUUUAGGUGAUACUUCUUUUUCUUUUGGAUAUAAUUAUGACAGUGAUGUUUAUCUUGGGAUUAACUUAGUGCUUUGAGAAAUAUUUGAAGUUUAUUCUAUUUUUUCAAUGAUUAAGACUAAGGAUUUAGUCUAAGUUUAAAAUGUCUUGCCUAGCAAUCUUUAGCUGAUUAUUCCUUACUAAUUUCUGGUCUUUAAUGACUGGAUGUUAAACACAACCACAUGUACUUCUGUGUAAUGGUACAUCCGCCUCUUGGGAAUAAUGGUGGUUUAGGCCAGCAUACUAUCAUUUUGUGCAAAAAUGAAUAUAUGGCUUGUAAUACAUACAGUCUUACUGUGAUUCUGUUUGUUGCACAGAAAUAGUUUGGACAUUUUUAAAGCACAAAUCGUCAGAGGAAAUAGUGUGUAAUUAUUAAACUUAAAGUUUUGGUGUAGUGUUUAGUUUGUAAAAAGGUCCUGUCUAUUUUCUAUGGCAAAUGCUAUCACACUUGAAAAAUAGAAGAAGCAAUACGAUUUAUUUUUGUAAGUAUUUAGAAUAUUAUUUUAAAAAAUUAAUUGUCAAUAUUAUUGUGAAAUGUUUUAAGUAAAUAAACUUCUGCUUCUGUAUCA